AUGGAUGUGCCUGCAGGGCCUGUUCUUCCGGGUCCAAAUGAUGAGCGGUCGCGGUCUCCAUGGAAACGAAAGUAUGGCCUGCGCAUGGUCGCAUCCAUUAGCCAAUUGGCAGACAAUGUGUUGACCAUGAGAUCAUUUCACGACGUCUCUCGAAGGGACCACUUCGACCGUGGGCCCGGAACACCCGAUGUCAUCCUGAACCAAGCACAACGGCCCGGAAGCAGCUUCCAGGGAUCAUCUCUUCUCAGAGGGAUGAGUAUCCCCAAAGAGGUGUCGGGCCGUCAAGAAUCGCAAAGUCAGUAUCCAUCCUCAUCACUUCCCUCGUUUUCACCAAAUGGACAUUGCGUAAGUGGGGAGAGUCACUGUAUGCCUGCAAAUGAAGUGCAGGGUGUUCAGUUGGUAAUGCCCUCCGCGCGACGCGCAUCCGCCAUGAUCCUUAAUGAUUCAAGUCCACCAUUAUCACCUGUCAACGACGGAAGGCCUCGAUGCAAUUCGGGGUCCAUGGCAAACCACAUGACUUCACCGAUCUCUUCUCCCGAAGCCGCUCUCAGAACUCAUAAUGGAACAAAUCAACCAUUCUCCCCAUUCUUUUUCGAUGAAGGUGUCGCCCGUGGAGCAAUGGCCGAUACAAACGUAAAGGCAAAGAAACAUGACCACAGUUGGGCGGACUUUUGGCCUACACUUUCGACACGUCCGAGUCCACCAAGCAGUCUAGAUUCAAAUGCCCCUUCUUUGACUUGGAGCCUUAGUAGCCAUGAAGAUGAAAAUACUGAGCCGUGUGCUCUGCACGUCGCAACGCAACCGAAAUUUCAAUUUGGUCUGGGCAUUCUUGGAAGGGCUUUUACUUCUUCGGCUCAAGAGCGAGCUGAUAUCGAUCCAUCUUCCCAGUCCAUCACAUGGGAAAAAAUUGCGCCCCAUGCAGCAAAAGUUGUAUUAUUAGGCAUAACCUUUUUGUUGGCUACGUUUAUGCUUGGUCUCGCCAUGAGCACCCUUCCCCUUCACAUGCCUACCCACUUGGCGCAGUUGACGCUUAGUGAAAUACGGGACAUGUGUCAGAACUUGCGGGACUAUGCGGCCAGUUCGAACGGGGCUAUGAUUCACGUGUUUCUUGUUCUAACGUUAUUCUUCUGCUGGAAACAAGCAUUCUGUGUGCCGGGAAGUUUGAUCACAAACAUUAUUUAUGGCGCUAUGUAUGGUUCAUAUGCAGGAUCGCUCUUUGCUUCUAUCUUCACUGCAGUGGGUGGCAUUAUGUGUUACUUCCUCGCAGCUCCCUUUGCAGAUGUUGUGACGCUCCUCCCGAGUUUGUCGAAACCGUUACAUUCUAUGCGACUGGCUCUGCAUAAAGUGCAUCAACGGGAAGGUCCGACUUCUUUGGAUGGUCGUGUGUCGCAUGUCUCUCGUGGAAGUCAGUCUGGAGGGGAUCUUUGGUCUUAUCUAUUGUUCCUGCGACUGCUUCCUAUUGUUCCAUAUGGAAUGAUGAACAUUGCAUGUGGUGUUCUCGGCGUCCCACUUUUACCAUACGCAAUCACUCUUGGAAUUGGCAGUGUGCCGUGGAAUUUCUGCACUGCUCAAGUGGGAGAACUCUUGCAGGAUGUGGCAACAGCAAUCCAGGAGAGUGCACGAGUAUCUGCGGCGAAUUCGCCUGAUGGAUUGGCAGCGCCUUCAUCGAAGGAAGCUAGCCUAUUAGCAUCUGGAACUUUGUCUGUGCUCCUUGAGCAUCUAUGGACAUGGGACAUGAUCAUCAAGCUCCUCCUGCUUAGUGUUGCAAGCACGCUCCCUAUUGUGUUGCAGCGGUUCUUCGGUUCACGCAAAACACAUUCGUCUGAUGAUGAAAAUAUACAAAUCGAGGAAGACUCGCGUGAUUACGAAAUGAGGUGA